AUGAGACCGUAUUGGAUCAAAGAGUACGGCAAUCAGUGGAACGACCGGUUUUGCAGGGAUUGGUUUGAUAGGGAGUCGCAAUUGGACAGGUUUGCCGUAACGGUGUUCCGUUGCCCAUGCACCUUAACCCAGUCUGAGCGCGACCGUGGUCGUUUUGCACCAGACUUACAGUGCAAUGUGAUCGAUAAAAAGUGUGAUACACUACAUCACGGGGCUCUACACUGUGUCCGAACCGCCCGACCCUCUAUUGGUGGUUCGGGGCAGACAUGUUGUUACGACGACUAUGGUGAACUGGUACAGACCGCCGACACUAUGUAUGGGGGCCGCCCCUCCCGGGCGUUUGUCUACGGGAAACAUCCAUUCAAACAACGUUUAAUGGUGCCCACAAUGUCCUAUUGGUUGUACGACAUAAUGCCGUUCUUCUAUUGCUGCAAAUGGGCGCCCGGAGACGAAAACAGCAAAACAUGUCAAAUGUUUAACUACUGGCGCACAUCACAGGAUUGCUCCUCAUAUCAGACACCCGGCGUCGCUACAGUGUAUGGUGACCCUCAUAUAAUCACGUUCGACCGGUACAACUACACGUUCAAUGGAAAGGGCGAGUUUGUGUUGGUGCAUACGGACAACGCGGUGCAUAAGUUGGACAUUCACGGCCGGUUCGAGCAGAUGCCUAACCUGAACGGCACACACCUGACAGCUGUGGCCAUUCGGGACAAUAUAUCGUCAAUCGUGGAGCUGCGGCUCCGGCCGGUGGCCGCCCGCUGGCAGUUCCAGCUCUACCUGUUUGGCGAUAAGGAGAUGUACUACUUCUGGCAGCCGGACAUGCGCUCCAUACAGAUGAAGGGUGUGAUGCUGUACCAGCCCGCGGGCAUACGUAAUAUGUCCCAGAUCAUAGCUAUGUUUGAUUCCGGCGCCGGCGUCGAGAUCAGUGUUAGUCCCGUCGGCUCCAUCCUGCUCAACGUGUAUCUGCCCAACACUUUCAUCAAUAAUACACGUGGUUUAUUAGGUAAAUGGUCGCGAGACAUAAAUGAUGAUCUGGAGCUACCGGAUGGUCGGUCGGGUCCCCGCGCGGGGCCGUCCCUCACCACACGUGAUCUGCACGACAACUUCGCCAAUCAGUACCGACUCAAAGAGACCAAUACUCCUAAUUUAGGGCAAUCAUUGUUUUGGCACAAUCCUGUCGACCACUCCAACUACGAUGAUAUUAAAUUUGAACCGCUUUGGGACGUCACCGCACAGGACCUGGAAAAGCACCCCGAUGUGGAUAAAGUGUGCAGUGAUAGUACGGCGUGUGUCUACGACUAUGUGGUGACGGGAGACAGCGGUUACGCGGGACAGACCAAGAAGGACGAGGCGGCGGCCGAACUCAUACGCCGAGAU